CGAAGGGUGAAAGCUUUCCAGCUGGUCAGCAUGUUUACUAGAGACUUGAGACCCAAGUCUUGGUUCUUCAGCUUUCUGGUUGGUAGUCUGUCCAGGAGUCUCUUUGCCUUUGCAGCCCUUGCCAAGAAUCAGACUUCUAAAGGUUUCUCUCCUGUCACGAUUGAGACCUCAAGACACAUGUACGAAUAUGUGGCCACUGCGCUGGACUGGUGGCAUGCAGACAGACACUGUCAACAGCGCUUUGCUCAGUUGCUUUUUGAACCGCAAGACAGUGAGCAGGCUUCCUUUAGCCAACUGCUGCUGUCCCACCACAUCAGAGGUUCUGUCUGGCUCAAUGAAAGGGAUGGUGUCCUGCACAAACCAAAAUGGAGACGGGACCACACUGUACCGGUCCUGGUAUUUGGAGACAAAACAGACACCAAGUACGUGAAGGUGCUCUCUGACUUCCCAGCACUGCCUGCUGUCACAGCCUGCGCCCACCUCCAGUGGGACACCAGGACCCAGGAGAUUGCUACCGUCUUCUCCUAUGCUGUGCCGGCUUUUAUUAACGAGUUCCAGCUCCGUGGCUUCGUCGACGAGGAAGGCUUUGUUCGCUUUGCUCUCAUAGUCCACGGGCACCAUUCCCCAUACCUGCCCGUGUUCCGUGCUGAUGGGCAGUGGCAUCACUUCUGCGUGACCUGGCAGCAGGAAAACGGGACCUGGGCCAUCUAUGCUGACGGUAAAAGGAGGGCAUCUGCCAGCGGUCUGUGUGCUGUGGGGCCGUCUGCCCCCCAGGCCAUCUAUGGCCAGGGGACAUUCAUAAUUGGGCAGGAUCAGGAUUCCCUGGGGGGCACCUUCGGGGCGAAAGAGUCCUUCAGUGGGAACAUCACCGACUUGCACAUCUGGCAGAAAGUCCUCGGCGCGGAGCAGAUUGAGAAAGUUCGGUCUUGCUGGGUGGUAGAGCAAGACCUGGUGUUUGGGUGGAGCUCAAAUGCUCUGGAGGUUGAAAGCACCGUUCGGGGAGUGACCGCACAGUUUCUUUGCCCAGGUUUGCAGUCUUUGCCUUUUAUCUGUCGCUACAGAAAGGAUGCAUACUGGCAACUGAAAAAAGCUCAGCUGGAAUCCAGUCAUGCCCUUGUCAGCCGAGUGAACACCCUUGCAGAGAGGACUGUGAUUCCUGAGAACGUCUUUAUAAGUGAUGUCCAAGACAUGAACCUCUCUGUUGCUCUUGGUGCUCUUGAUGUCUUGGCAACUGUUCUGAGGGAAGGAGAGACACCCGUGCUGGAGUCGUCUGACCUCCUUGCGGUGCUUCAGUUACUAAAGCAAGUUUCUGAUGUGGAAGUCCAGGAGGGAGAGGAGACGGAGAUGUUGGAGCAGUUGGGCCAGUAUUACGUGGAAGUGACUGAGUUGAUCCUGGAAGAGCAGAAUAUUGAAACGUGGUCAUCAGUCAGCCAGGUUAUCAGAGGGCCCAUGGCUGUUGUUGAGCUCUGCAACAGAAUGAUGUCACACUUAGCCCCACUGCUAACCGCAGGGAGGACAAAGAUCACGAUCCAGCAUGGGAAUGUUGGGAUGGAGGUCAGGAAGCUGGAGCUGAGCAGGCAGGAGCUGAGCAGUGAGGCGUACCUGGUCCAGAGCCCUGAGGAACGCGGGCACGACCUCAUUGAAAUUCCCGCAGUAGAAAUGCAAAGACUGAAAGACAGAGGUCUCCACAGAGUCAUGGUGAAAAACAUGUGGUUUGGCUACAGCUCCCUGCAGCGCUGCCUGUCCGGCGCUGGCAGCAGUGCUGUCUUCCAGGACGCGGCUGCCUCUGAUGGAGGACACAAGCACCUGGGCACCACGGUGGGCACUGCUGUCAUCUCGUCCAUGCUGCUCAGCGACUACCAGGAGAUCAGCACGUCUGUGCGCUACCACCUGCAGCACCGUGUCCAGGACCUGCCCAACAAGCUGGUGGGGCCCAUCUGUGCCUUCUGGAACUUCAGCCUCAGCCCAGAUGCUGGCGGGAUGUGGUCCACAGCUGGCUGCUCUGUGGUGACAUCUCUCCCAGACUCCACGGCCUGUUUCUGCAACCACACCACGAAUUUUGCUGUCCUGCUGCAGGUGUACGAGAUGCAGAGGACCACCAAGGAGGAGCUCACGCUGCAGACCUUGACUUUUAUUGGAUGUGGAGUUUCCUUCUGUGCCUUGAUAGUUACCUUCAUUUUAUUCUUGGCAGUUGGUGUCCCCAAGAGUGAACGGACAACUGUGCACAAGAACCUGAUCUUUGCCUUAGCUGCAGCAGAAGCUCUGCUCAUGUUCAGUGAAUUGGCCAAGACCAACCAGGUGGUGUGUUUCACAGUCACUGCCUUCCUUCACCUCUUCUUCAUGGCAGCCUUUUCAUGGAUGCUGGUAGAGGGGCUUCUCCUGUGGAGCAAAGUGGUAGCUGUCAACAUGAGUGAAGACAGGAGAAUGAAGUUCUACUAUGUGACAGGCUGGGGCCUUCCAGUCGUUAUCGUGGGUGUGACCCUUGCAGCUUCCUUUAACAAGUAUGUGGCAGACAACCAUUGCUGGCUGAACGUUCAGACCAACGUCAUCUGGGCCUUUGUUGGGCCUGUUCUCUUCAUCCUGGCAGUGAACACCUUCGUGCUGUUCCGGGUAGUGAUGGUGACUGUGUCCAGUGCUCGCAGGAGAUCAAAGAUGCUGACACCCAACAGCAGCCUGGAGAAACAGAUUGGAAUACAGAUCUGGGCCACAGCCAAGCCCGUCCUGGUGCUGCUGCCGGUGCUGGGGCUGACCUGGGUGUGUGGGGUCCUUGUCCACCUCAGCAUCAUUUGGGCUUAUGUCUUCAUCGUGCUGAACUCCCUCCAG